AUGUCUGCGAGCUUCAACCCCAUCCCAACGCCGCGCCGGCCAAGCGCAAACUCCAGCUCUCACAGCUCCGUCACACCAGCUUCUAGCAGGUUUCGGUCCUCUCUUGUGCCCAUGAGUCGCGCUUCGCCGCUUCGAAGCUCUCAACGGCCGAGUCGCGUUGCUGCCGGAGCCCCGACCACUUCUAACCCUCCUGUUGUCAAGGACCUCUUUAGGACAACGACAACUCCUAAGCCGAGUCGCACCACGCCCUUUGCCCCCAAGCUUCCCUUAGAGGUGACCAAGACGCCCGCAUCGGUGCGCAAACUUGCGUCCAAGAGCACUGGACAUGGCAUGGCUGGCACGGCUUCGCAGGAGCUGUUUAAGCAGCGGAUACCUUCCCCAGACCCCGGGCUGACGGGCGCAGCUAUAUCAGAAGCUGUCCCCAACAAUUUGAAGAACCGCAAAGGCACGGUAUAUGCCGAUCAAUAUUUGGCACACAAAUGCCCGCCGGAAUUUGACGAUGACCAGAGAAGACAAUUCUUCUGUAUUCUCGAUUUACGGCGACUCAAGUUUGCCGCCAAUGAAAUUUUCGCGAAAAAGGACUGGAAACUGAAUAUCAUGAACUUUGCCAAAGAGUAUGAGAAGAGUCGUGGUCUCAUCAUGUUGCGGUACGGUCUCUACGAGUUUAAAAAUGUCAAGCCUUCAGAGGAAGUUAUGCGCAGAUGGCGCAAAGCACACAACCUGCCGGAGCCCGCACCAGAGUCUCAGAAGGUCCCGUCGGCUAGCAUCAGCAGUGCUGCGAAGAGCAACUCAGUCAAUGCCAUGACCAAGCGCAAGGCUGAUGACGAAGCCCCGUCGAGAAGUGCCGAGCCACUGAACUCUGCCUUCAACCAGAACAAGCGCCGAACGCUUGACCCGGCAUCUGCUGAGGAGGCUCACAGAUUCGCCCCAACUCCCAUGAAGAGCAAGCGCAAAGCUGACGAGGGUCAAGAUGUCGACGAGAAUUCGCGAAGCAAGCUUACAAAAUCCACACCUUCUGCCGCGCGUUCCAGAUUGGAGGGCAUUAUUAACAAUGUUCAAUCGGGGAGCUCAACUCCUGUAGGAUCACCACUCAAGAGACCCGCCUUUGGUGCAAGCGCGAGCGCCACCUCGGGCGCGCCCAUGACGCCCCUCUUCGGUGUAUCAAAGGCCACUGAUGCUCCCAAAUCCGCCUUUGCCGUCAAGUCAAACCCUUACGGUCCGCCGUCCAACGGCAUUGUCGACACUUCCAAGUUGGAGUCGACCCAGUUCCAGCCAGGUCAGCCACUGAACACCAGCUCAGAUUCAGUGCUGUCCACUCACAAGUUUGGCUCGAGCCUUGCACCCAAGGCUACAAACAUCUUUGGCUAUCUAUCUGAGAGUUCGGCAAACAACAGUGGUGCGGAGAACAACGAUGAGAGUGACUCGGAAUCUGAUCAGUCACAGCCCGAGACUGGCAGUCAAGAUGCUCCGCCGAGUUACGAGCCCAGCGCGGUGGCCAGUACUGGCACUGCUACACCACCGGUCACAACUGGUACCGGGACGCCAUCACUUUUUGGUCUCAGCAAACCCGCCGCCACUACCUCUAACCCAUUUGCUAGUAGCUUCCAUAAAUCCGCAGAAGACCUGUCAGAGAAGCCUGCAGCCAACGCGGCAAAAGGCGGUCUGUUCGGACGCGUAUCGUUUGGAUCUGAUGGCCAGCCACUACGGGAGACUUCCGUUGAACAGACGUCUCGUGCGCCAUCGCCAGCCAAGGAGGCUGCCAACGGAGUGGAGUCAACAAAGACUCCAGCCAAGGCCCCUGGCGACUUCACUUUCAACGCCGCAACCACUCCUAUCACUUUUGGCGGCAAGGAUAGUAGUUUCACAUCUGCCACACCUGCUCCAGCCGCAGACAAAGCCACUGAAUCUAAGGAAGCUGAGAAGACGCAGCCCAGUUCGUCAUCGUCGCUCUUUGGAAACUCCCUUUUCAAGCCUACACCCGCAAACGAAGCCCCGAAACCUCUCUUUGCAACAAAACCAUCAGAGCCCGCUGCAUCUCUAUUUGGUGCAAAGAAGCCAGAAGAACCAGCGCAGUCCUUGUUUGGUGCGAAGCCCUCAGAGCAGCCGGCCGAUAAAGAGCAAAAGUCAUCAUCAUCUUCUCAAUCGCUCUUUGGCGCGAAACAGCCAGAUCAACCUACUGCAUCUCUGUUUGGUGCUAAGUCUGCCGAGCAGCCUGCUCAAUCUCUAUUUGGAACCAAGCCCGCAGAGCAGCCUACCCAAUCUCUAUUUGGAGUCAAAUCACCAGAACAACCCGCUGAGAGCGCUCAACAACCCUCGCAGCCACUGUUUGGCAGCUUCAACAAGCCCGAUACUGAGAGGCCUGCAUCGUCUACAUCUACGAGUUCGCUAUUUGGCGCCAAGCCAUCCAGCCAGUCGAACGGCGAGCCUGCUCAAUCUUCACAGAGCUUAUUCGGUACUUCUUCGAAGCCUGCCGAGAACGACAAGACAGGUGCGACACCUGCUGCUACUUCGUCUAUUUUUGGCACCCAACAACCAACACCAGCUACGACGUUCUCGUUUGGAAGUUCCACCCCAGCUCCUAAGUCGCUGUUUGGGGAAUCUAGCAAGCCAGCUGAGACGCCUGCUGCGGAGACACAAGAGCAGCCGAAGUCUCUAUUUGGAUCGCAACCUACCUUCGGAGCCCAGCCUACAUCCAACGGUUUCUCGGCAGCUCAGAAAGAGCCGUCUCAAGUCGGCUUCAGCUUCGGAACAUCCACCACCGAAACUCCCUCAACCCCAAGUGCUGCACCACUCUUCGGCGGCUUCCAACCCUCGACAGAGCCGCCAAAGCCCGCCGCUAAUCUCUUUGGCAACACUGCCACGGGUUCCUCGGCACCUCUCUUUGGCAAUAACAACUCAUCAGCCGCGACUGGCAAUCUUUUCGGAGCACAGCCUGCUAAUCCUUUUGGUGCGGGUAGUGGUACCACUUCCUCGAAGAGAAGUGCUGAGGACGAUUCUCAGCCGGCUAAAAAGGUCAUGUUUGGCAGAGCUGAUGCCAACAACGAUGCAGCAAGCCAGCCAUCAGCUCCAUCAUUCUCAUUUGGUGCGUCUCAAUCGACAGCACCGGCCAGUAGCCAACCCGAGAAGAAGACUAUGUUCAGCAACGUUACCGGAGACUCUGCUGCACCCAACAGCCCUGUUGCGGGAAGAAAGAUCUUGACUCCAAAGAGAUUAAGAGGAGCUGCUGGCGCUGGAGCAGCCAGACAAGCAAGCCCUUCGCCUGCACCAUCUUUUGAGGCAUCGGGUGUCUUUGGAACUCAGCCACCCAAAGCAGAUGCUCCUGCCCCUAGCAACCCCUUUGGUGGCAACAACAACACCUCCUUCACCUUUGGGCAGCAGAGUUCUGCUCCCAGUGUCGAUAACAAUGCCUCAUCGUCAUUCACAUUUGGUCAGAACUCGCAGGCAAACGGAAAUGCGACUGGUGCUCCGUCGUUCACCUUCGGCGCAGGUCCAGCUCCUACUGGAGGGUCAUUCACCUUUGGUGCUGGUGCUGGUGCUGGUGGUAAUUCUCCCAACCCCUUUGCAAGCACAAAUGGCCCAUCCCAGUCUUUCGGUGGCGGUGCUUCGGGCACGCCUACCCCAUCUGGGUCCUUUAACUUCCAAUUCGGCGGACAGUCAUCCUCGGCGCCCGCGCCAGCUGAUCAGAGCAAGCCUCUUUUUGGCAACCAGACAAACGGUGCGACUCCUGCCCCUACUUUCAGCUUUACUUCGGCUACCCCUCAGCCCACUCCUACCCAAAGUUCCUCAAACUUAUUCGCGCCUCAGCCUUCGGCGGCCACCAGUAUUUUUAGCGGCCUGCAACCCAAUGGUGCCCCUGGUGCCAAUUCACCAUUUCCCGCGGCUUCAAGCAUCAACACCACACCUGUCAACGGCGGAACCCCCGAACCACAGGCUGCCCAAGCUGAUGGGGAUGCUGAACCACCCCAGGAACAGAUUUCCUUGACCGAGGGUGGCCCAGGCGAAGAAGAUGAAGAGGUAUUGCAUGAAGUUCGGGCCAAGGCCAUUAAAUAUGUCGAUGUCAAGCCUGGCGAGGACAGCCCGGCGUCCAAGUCCCCUUGGCAGACUCAAGGUGUUGGUCAAUUGCGUCUUCUCAAGCAUAAGAACACUGGCCAGGUGCGCAUCCUCCUACGCGCCGACCCUCGUGGCCACAUUGCCAUGAAUAAGAGCUUGCUAUCAGGCCCUGAAUACAAGGCCGACAAAAAGACCGUUCGAGUUAUGGUCUCUAAAGAUGAUGGUUCUGGCCUAGAAACCUGGGUCUUGCAGAUGAAGGAGGCAGAGUCUGCCGUGAAGCUCGCUGCGGCUUUUGAGAGUUGGAAGACGUCUAAUAAAUGA